UGAUUCGACCACACUCGUUGCGUUUUUUUUUUUUUUUUUUUAGAAUCGCAAAUCAUAAUAAAGUUUAAAUUAUGUCGCGAUUCAGUGGAGCGCUGCAGUUAACCGAUUUGGACGAUUUUAUAACGCCUUCACAGGAGUGCAUAAAGCCCGUGACAAUAGAUAAGACAAAGUCAAAAACUGGAUCCAAAAUAACCGUACAAGCGGAUGGCUAUUACGAGGAAUCAGAGAGCGGCAAGCAAAAGCUGCAGAAGGUUGAGAUCACACUACAAGAUUGCCUCGCCUGCUCCGGCUGCAUAACCUCCGCGGAAGGCGUACUUAUCACACAGCAAAGCCAAGAGGAGUUACUCAAGGUGUUGCGCGAAAACGAAAGACUUAAAGCAUCCGGCGACAGUGACCAAGUGCGCACAAUUGUGUUUACAAUUGCGGUGCAGCCGCUAAUAAGUCUCGCCCAUCGCUUUGAGCUUGGCGUCGAAGAAGCGGCUCGCCAUUUGUCCGGCUAUCUGCGACAGCUGGGCGCCGAUUAUGUGCUGAGCACAAAGAUUGCUGACGAUCUGGCGUUACUGGAAUGCCGGCAGGAGUUCGUUGAGCGUUAUCGGGAUAAUGCCAAUCUGAGCAUGUUGAGUUCCUCGUGUCCCGGCUGGGUGUGCUAUGCCGAGAAGACCCAUGGUAAUUUUAUAUUGCCCCACAUUGCGACAACGCGUUCGCCACAACAAAUAAUGGGCGUGCUCGUGAAACAGAUGCUGGCGGAGAAACUGGGCGUGUCCGGCUCUCGGAUCUAUCAUGUCACAGUUAUGCCCUGCUACGAUAAGAAACUGGAGGCGUCUCGCGAAGACUUCUACAGCGAGGUGAACAGCUCAAGGGACGUAGACUGUGUGAUUACCUCAAUUGAGGUGGAACAAAUGCUCCAGACAGAGGAGCAAACGCUGCAGCAAUUCGCACCCUCAGACAUGGAUUGGCCUUGGACGGAUCAGCCGCCUGAGGCUAUGGUAUGGGCACACGAAUCCACCAUGUCAGGUGGCUAUGCGGAACAUAUUUACAAAUAUGCCGCCCGAGAGUUGUUCAACGAAGAGACACCAAAUGAACUCCAAUUCAAAGCGUUGCGCAAUCGAGACUUUUCUGAAAUUAGCUUGGAGAAGGAUGGAAAGAUCGUACUUAAAUUUGCCAUUGCGAACGGCUUUCGGAAUAUACAAAAUCUAAUGCAAAAACUGAAGCGUGGCAAAGGGCCGGGCUAUCAUUUUGUUGAGGUGAUGGCCUGUCCGUCCGGCUGCAUCAACGGUGGCGCCCAAGUGCGUCCCACCACAGGACAACAUGUACGCGAGCUGACUCAACAGCUGGAGGAGCUCUAUAAGCAACUACCGCGCUCCAAUCCGGAUAAUGCCCAUACCAAGCAUAUAUAUACCGAUUUCCUUGAUGGCACACAAACUGAUAAGUCCCAAAGCCUACUUCAUACCAGCUAUCAUGCAGUGGAGAAGCUCAACACAGCCUUAAACAUAAAGUGGUAGCAAACUAU